UACGCAGUGAGUCGUGCUAGUCAAAUCAAAGCUCAAACUGAGCAAAGAUGGCAGCGCUAACAGUAGCGGAAACCCCUUCAGGAAAAGAUGCUCUCGCCGAGGGUUUGCUGGACCUCUUGAGACCAGCUGUACAACAGCUUGAUUUACAUGUGCAUUCAGUCAGAGAAAGCCAAGUGGAACUGAGGGAACACAUCGACAAUUUAGCAUCUGAGUUGUGUAGGAUUAAUGAGCACCAGAAAGUGGCACUAGAUCUAGACCCAUAUGUUAAAAAACUUCUGAAUGCGAGGCGAAGAGUGGUGCUUGUCAACAACAUUCUCCAGAAUGCACAGGAACGUUUGCGAAGGUUAAACCAUAAUGUUGCUAAGGAGACAGCUCGCAGGAAGACCAUGCUUGAGGCAUCUGGAGCAUUUUCCUCCCGGUCCCCUAGCAAACCAUGAUGUCCUGGAUCUCAGAUACUGGGAAUGCACCAUAACACUGUGCUCAAUGCCACAGUCCAGUGCUGUAAAUGAGCAAAAUCCUCCUGCAUCAUUAAAAGGCACUGGGCUUAGCAAAGCACUGGCUAUAGCAGCAAACUGCAACAUUAAUGUUAGCCUGUUCAUUUAAGAGUAGUCAGGGGGACAACAGUGUUCAUAUGCACUCAUUUCUUUGUGGACCUAUAAUAUUUUGUAUGAAAGGAUUGACUUAAUAUAAUAAAUUUAACUGAAAUCUGCACUCUCAUAGUAAAGACGUGAACUUGCAAUUUAUUUGCAAAUUAAGCGUUCAAAUAUUUAUAGGUAUUUGUCAGUACUGUCAGAUAUAAUAUUUAGACCUAACAUGUUUGUAAGUCUCCUAUUAGCAUCUUUGAUCUAAAAAUAAAAAAUGUAGUUUUGAAAAUUUUUCUGAACAUCUUGAAAAUAUUCAGUUAGCAUUAAAGUUUGUUAUUUUCAUUCCAUAUUUUUGGUCUCAGUCCGCCACCCGGUUCAUCCUCCGCCACCCGGAUUGAAUCACUACACGACCACAAGGACUUAAAAAAGCACACUGGGAAUUGGGCAUUCCAAAUUGGGUGAAAAAGGGGAAAAAAUUGUUUUUAAAUGUGUCUGCGGACAUUGACGCUUUUCACCUGUCAAUCAUUUUGCUCGUUCUCAUAGUUUUGUAUUUGAAGCGAAUCAUUGAGGCUAUGAUUCAUAAUGUUUGUCAGUUGAGGGCGCUGUUGUGCCACUGUUGAAUUUGACAGCCACAGGAACAAACAAUGCUGCACUUUUGCUUGGUUUUGGUCUCAAAAUUAUCUUUGGAGGGCAGGGUUUUGGAUUGAGGGGGCGUGGCUAAUUCAACAGCUCAGUCACGUGAAAGCUUCAGAAAACUAAAAUCGCUUGCAGCACCUUUAAGAAAGCUAAUAAAACUUGUAUUAUUUGUUCUUAAACAGUG